AUGAAGGCCCCUUCCUUGGUUAUUCUCUUCUGGGUUUUAGGAGGCGUUACCACUGUGGUGGUCGCCUUGCGCAUCUUCGCCAAGACGAGGAUCGGUCGUUUAAAGGUGGAUGACGCGACCAUGAUGAUUGCCUGGGCCCUAACCAUCAUUGCAUCUACCCUUAUUGCCGUGCAUUAUGGCUAUGGGCAGGAUAUUGGCCAAUUUUCCUUCAACCCUGCCGUCCACGUAUUCAAAUUUUAUACCAUCGCUCAGGCAUGUGUCAUUGGCAGCAGUACUGCCGGCUGUGUGGCCUUUAUUCUCUACCUUCAGGUCAUCCUAGGUGGGGAGAAGAAACAUAGAAUUAUUUUAUUGACGCUCGCAAUCUUGGAGGUGGCAUUUAACGCCGUGUCCAUUAUCCUGAUAUUCACCAAUUGCAAAGAUCUGCAGCCGAUCUGGAACAAAGACCUCCCUAAUGAAUGCCUCACCGGCCAAAAAUGCUACGCUUACUUUCAGUCCGCUUUCAACACUGCAGUCGAUCUAUACCUUGUCAUAGUGCCGACAUAG